AUGUCAUUGAGAAGGGGGUCGUGGGAGAAUUCAGUUCAUUCGAUUGGCAGUGAUGGGCGUGCUAACGGUCAGCAUGACAAGCUAACUCCGGAAGACCUUCUCGAAUUAUGCUUGGUUGGUUCUGUUCUGACUAACAAAACCAUUCGUUUUAAUGUUUUGAAAGAUAUGUUAGCAAAGAUGUGGCAGCCUGGUCAGAGCAUGAAUAUCACUAAAAUAGAUGAGAACAUGUUCCUGUUCCAAUUCUACCAACAUUGGGACCAAGAGAGAGUCUUAGAAGGAUGUACUUGGUUGUAUGAUAACUUCAUGUUGGCGACUCGCAAGCUAAAAUUUUGGGAGGAUCCUCUUGCUGUUCCUCUGGAUGAAGUGGAAAUUUGGGUUCAAAUCCAUCAACUCCCGUUUGGCUUCAUGGACGAAGAUUUCGGAGUGCUCAUCGGUAAUCAUAUUGGGAAGUUUAUAGGCUAUGACACUUACAACAACUAUCCUGUCUGGAGGAAAUAUAUGAGAAUAAAGGUGGCUAUCAAUGUGCAACUACCGCUGAAAAAGAGUUGGGCGUUUGACAGGGUGGAAGGCGAGAAGGUUUAUCUCGUUUUCAAAUUCGAAAAACUAGGUACCUUUUGUUUCCUCUAUGGAAUCAUUGGUCACUCGGAGAAAUUUUGUCCUAGGAAACUCUGUUCCAAUCUAUCCAACGGUGCUAAUGGUUGGGGCAAUUUCCUAAGGGCGGAAUCGAUUGCGUCAGGUGGAAAUGGAGGCGAAAACAAGUGGCUACGAAAUGGUCGACGUAUCAAGGAGAGUUCUCUCAAUAGUCAAUCAAAUGAGGAGAGCUCGAAUGGGGUGGUAGGAGAACAUAUGUUGUAUGGGAGAGUUGUUAUUGACAGAUACCCAAUCUCAAGAAAAUUGGUAUUCUUUAAAAAUGCUGGCAUGAUUGGUAAAAAUUCCAACAACUGGACUUCUUUUAGUCCUACUGAUAAGGGAGAUGCCUUGACUGCUAAUGGUGAUUGUUGCACCCCAAAAUUUUCUCAUCUAAUUUUAUGCUAA